AUGGCCCAGAGAUACCGACUGACCUGGAGGUGGGCGCGGGUGUUGCCGAAGCCCCCAGACGGCUACUGCUGGGAGAUAUUGGCAUCCACCAGCUCGGACGCGGCGCGCACCGCAUACCAGGGGGGCGCGUGCGACGGUUUCGCGGUGUCUGGCGGGUCCGGGAUCGUGCUGCUCGAGAAGGAGCUCCAGGUCGUGCGGAUGGUGAAUCGGGACGAGCUCGGUGGCGACGGGGACCUCGACGCCCAGGCGAUGAGCUUUCAGAUGGGCUCCGAGGGUGAGCGGCGCCGGGUGUUAAAGGAUUCGGCCAACCUGAUCGUCGAGACGACGUGGCCGUAUUGCCCAGUUUGGGGACCUGGAAUCACGCGGUGGUGCCUCAGGUUUUGGCGGACCAAGAUGCUGUCAGGACGUUCACCCGCGUAG